CUCUCUUCUCUGUUGUGUACAAGUCCCUUCCCUCCAAUUUUUCUCCUCUCGAAAAGAAAUGGAGUUUGUUGACAUUUUCAUCAUCGGUUUGGCGCUUAUCUUCCUCCGUCUGUGGUGGCGGUACUGCUCAGUCACUGGUGGCGGACCUAAGAACCUCCCUCCAGGGCCGCCUGGAUGGCCCCUGGUUGGGAACUUGAUCCAGGUCAUCCUGCAACGUCGGCAUUUUAUUUUUAUAGUACGGGAGUUGCGUAAAAUAUAUGGUCCGAUUUUCACCUUGCAGAUGGGGCAACGCACUAUGGUGAUUGUUACGGACUCCAGGCUCAUCCAUGAAGCCCUUGUUCAAAGAGGCCCGACUUUCGCCUCCAGGCCGCCGGACUCACCUAUCCGGCUGGUGUUCAGCAUGGGGAAAUGUGCCAUCAACUCUGCUGAGUAUGGACCUCUCUGGCGAACCCUGCGAAAGAACUUUGUGACCGAGCUGAUAACCCCCACGAGGGUGAAGCAAUGCAGUUGGAUCCGCAAAUGGGCGUUGGAAAACCACAUGAAGAGGAUCAAAAGCGAGGCUUUUGAGAAUGGGCUUGUGGAGGUAAUGAGCAACUGCAGGCUCACGAUAUGCAGCAUCUUGAUCUGUUUAUGUUUUGGUGCAAAGAUCUCCGAGGAGCGGAUUAAGAAGAUAGAAAGCAUACUAAAAGAUGUAAUGCUGAUAACAUCCCCACAGCUACCGGAUUUCUUGCCUAUUCUUACUCCAUUGUUUCGCCGGCAAAUGAAAGAAGCUAAAGCACUGAGGAAGAGGCAAUUGGAGUGCUUGGUUCCACUGAUAAAGAACAGAAGAGCUUUCGUGGAGAAUGGAGAAAACCCCAACCAAGAAAUGGUGAGUCCAAUCGGAGCAGCCUACAUAGACUCUCUCUUUGGACUGGAGCCGGCGACCCGAGGACCAUUGGGUGAAGAAGAGUACGUGACUCUAUGUUCGGAGGUGAUUAGUGCUGGCACUGAUACUAGUGCAACAGCUGUAGAAUGGGCUAUGCUUCACUUGGUAACGAAUCAAGAAAUCCAAGACAAGUUGUACCAAGAAAUUGUCGAUGUUGUAGGCAAAAAUGGGGAUAUCAAAGAAGAAGACGUGGAGAAAAUGCCUUAUCUUGACGCUGUGGUUAAAGAAACUCUCAGGCGACACCCUCCAGGCCAUUUUCUUUUAUCUCAUGCAGCUAUAAAAGACACUGGGCUUGGUGGGUACACGAUUCCUGCAGGAGUUCACGUAGAUUUUUACACUGCAUGGAUUACUGAGAAUCCGGAUAUUUGGUCAGACCCACGUGAGUUCCGACCUGAGAGGUUCUUGCAUGGUGAUGGGUUUGGUGUGGACGUGACCGGGACUCGGGCGGUGAAGAUGGUUCCAUUCGCAGGGAGACGGAUUUGCCCGGCAUGGAGUCUAGGCAUAUUGCAUAAUAUGUUGAUUGCUAAGAUGGUUCAAGCCUUUAAGUGGCUGCCGGUCCCUGAUGCUCCACCCGACUUGACUGAGACUUAUGCUCACUGUUGUCAUGAGAAUCCUCUCAAGGCUGUUAUCUUGGCCCGGUAAGAAGUUGAAGCUUGAACAAGCCAAAAAAAAAAAAAA